GGCCGCUCCCAUGGGUGUCGGUGGGCCGCGCCAUGCCUAAGGGGGCGCCGCGAUGGGCCAAGGGGACGAGAGCGAGCGCAUCGUGAUCAACGUGGGCGGCACGCGCCACCAGACGUACCGCUCGACGCUGCGCACGCUGCCCGGCACGCGGCUCGCCUGGCUGGCGGAGCCCGACGCCCACAGCCACUUCGACUAUGACCCGCGUGCCGACGAGUUCUUCUUCGACCGCCACCCGGGCGUCUUUGCGCACAUCCUGAACUACUACCGCACGGGCAAGCUGCACUGCCCGGCCGACGUGUGCGGGCCGCUCUACGAGGAGGAGCUGGCCUUCUGGGGCAUCGACGAGACCGACGUGGAGCCCUGCUGCUGGAUGACGUACCGCCAGCACCGCGACGCCGAGGAGGCGCUCGACAGCUUUGGCGGCGCGCCCCUGGACAACAGCGCGGACGACGCGGACGCCGACGGCCCUGGCGACUCGGGCGACGGCGAGGACGAGCUGGAGAUGACCAAACGCCUGGCGCUCAGUGACUCCCCAGACGGCCGGCCUGGCGGCUUCUGGCGCCGCUGGCAGCCGCGCAUCUGGGCUCUCUUCGAGGACCCCUACUCGUCCCGCUACGCGCGGUAUGUGGCCUUUGCUUCCCUCUUCUUCAUCCUGGUCUCUAUCACCACCUUCUGCCUGGAAACCCACGAGCGCUUCAACCCCAUCGUGAACAAGACGGAGAUCGAGAACGUCCGCAAUGGCACACAAGUGCGCUACUACAGGGAAGCGGAGACGGAGGCCUUCCUCACCUACAUCGAGGGCGUCUGCGUGGUCUGGUUCACCUUCGAGUUCCUCAUGCGUGUGGUCUUCUGCCCCAACAAGGUGGAGUUCAUCAAGAACUCGCUCAACAUCAUCGACUUUGUGGCCAUCCUGCCCUUCUACCUGGAGGUGGGCCUGAGUGGCCUGUCGUCCAAGGCUGCCAAGGACGUGCUGGGCUUCCUGCGCGUCGUCCGCUUCGUGCGCAUUCUGCGCAUCUUCAAGCUGACCCGCCACUUCGUGGGCCUGCGGGUCCUGGGCCACACGCUCCGUGCCAGCACCAACGAGUUCCUGCUACUCAUCAUCUUCCUGGCCCUGGGCGUGCUAAUCUUUGCCACCAUGAUCUACUACGCCGAGAGGAUAGGGGCUCAGCCCAAUGACCCCAGCGCCAGUGAGCACACGCACUUUAAGAACAUCCCCAUCGGGUUCUGGUGGGCUGUGGUCACCAUGACGACGCUGGGCUACGGAGACAUGUACCCGCAGACGUGGUCCGGCAUGCUGGUGGGGGCGCUGUGCGCGCUGGCAGGCGUGCUCACCAUCGCCAUGCCUGUGCCCGUCAUCGUGAACAAUUUCGGGAUGUAUUACUCCUUAGCCAUGGCUAAGCAGAAACUACCAAAGAAAAAAAAGAAGCAUAUUCCGCGGCCACCGCAGCUGGGAUCUCCCAAUUAUUGUAAAUCUGUCGUAAACUCUCCACACCACAGUACUCAGAGUGACACAUGUCCGCUGGCCCAGGAAGAAAUUUUAGAAAUUAACAGAGCAGAUUCCAAACUGAAUGGGGAGGUGGCGAAGGCCGCGCUGGCGAACGAAGACUGCCCCCACAUAGACCAGGCCCUCACUCCCGAUGAGGGCCUGCCCUUUACGCGCUCGGGCACCCGCGAGAGAUACGGACCCUGCUUCCUCUUAUCAACCGGGGAGUACGCGUGCCCACCUGGUGGAGGAAUGAGAAAGGAUCUUUGCAAAGAAAGCCCUGUCAUUGCUAAGUAUAUGCCGACAGAGGCUGUGAGAGUGACUUGACCAGGCGGCUUGGCCGAGGACACUGGUGGCUAUUAAGCAUCUGGGUGGACCUGCAGCCCCUCCUCACCCUCGGACAGAGUAAAUUCACGCCAUGCAGGUUUGCCGGACGAGUCCGAGUGGCCCAGGCAUUGUACUAGGACGGACGUAGCUUUUUCUACGGCCAAAUGGUAACUGACCGUAGAGGAUUUCUUUUCCUUCUUUUCAUUUUUUAAAAUUUUAUUUUAUUUGGGGGGGGGAGGUGGAGGGGCUCCUUAGCAUGACUUGCAUGAAGUUAAACAGAAAACCCAGCAAACCAAACCCACCACCCCCUGCAACUGUAUGAUUACCCUAAACAACAAUAACAGAAAGAAAAA